AUGGAGGGCGAGAUUGCCCCAGCAUCAUCUCACUCGGUGCGGCACGCAUUAAAGAAGUGGCAAAGCACUUGGGAGCUGAACCCGGUGUCGUCCCUCAGUCCCCUAGAUAAGCAUGGCCCCGUCGCAUUCAACUCGAAGGCUGUAUUCCACCUAGCUUGCAUCCGCUUGGCCAUAGACAUUGGUCCAGGUCGCUCACCCCUUGAACAAGACCUUGGUCACAUCGCUCGGAGACUAAAGGACAGCUCAGGUCUGCAAAGAGGCUCAAUGCUUACUCUUGCAGCGAGGCAUGCGAUACAUCGCAGCACUGUGUCCACCCAUGAAAAUGGCGUGUAUUUCGAUGGUCGCGCCCCAAGCUGCUCGAUUAUGCAUGCCGUCUGCUCCCUGGAAUAUGCACAUAUUGUCAACAAUGGAAUAAACAGCAAGAGUCCACGUACUGUUCCACAGAGAUAUCAAUGUAAUCCUAUAAUUGUCUUUUACAGCUUAACGGGGAAGUGA